AGAGAGGAGACGGAUGGGCUACAGUGUGCAAAGGGAGAUCCUGGACGAAGGAGCAGUGGAGGAGAUUGCAGAAAAGUCUGAUUCAAAACCAUCUUUGGCUGAGAAGGUCAAAAAGUCAGUGAGGUGUUCUGGUCCCAGGUUGAAGAGCUGCCUGCUGAGUAGUGUUCCUGUUCUAUCAUGGCUGCCUCGUUACUCCAUCAGAGAAAAUGCUCUGGGGGACCUGAUCUCUGGCAUCAGUGUGGGGAUCAUGCAGUUGCCGCAGGGUAUGGCUUAUGCCCUGCUAGCAGCUGUUCCUCCGGUAUUUGGCCUUUACUCAUCUUUCUACCCAGUCCUGCUCUACUUCAUCUUUGGAACGUCCAAGCACAUCUCAAUCGGAACAUUUGCAGUGUUGAGUGUGAUGCUAGGAGGGGUAAUAGAGCGAUUAGCCCCAGAAUCUGACUUCAUGAUAUGGAACAAUGAGACCAACUCCACUACGGUUGAUACCAUCGCGCUGGAUGCAGAGAGGGUCCGAGUGGCUGCGGCCGUCACCUUCUUGUCUGGAAUAUUUCAGAUUCUGCUUGGUUUAGUCCAGUUUGGUUUUGUUGUGACCUACCUGUCUGAGCCGCUGGUCAGAGGCUACACCACAGGAGCUGCCAUCCAUGUCAUCGUGUCCCAGCUCAAAUACACCUUCGGCAUCAGCCCUGUGAGAUACAGUGGACCCCUCUCAUUGAUAUAUACUGUGUUGGAGAUAUGCUCUCUCAUGCCACAGACAAACAUUGGUGCUCUUGUGGUCAGUAUAGUUACGAUCGUCUGCCUCAUCCUCGCCAAGGAGCUCAACGCAUACUUGAGUAAAAAACUACCUGUUCCUAUACCUGUGGAGCUGCUUGGUGUUGUUAUUGCUACAGUGGUCUCAUGGCAAGUUAACUUGAAGGAGAAAUAUGGAGUGGAUGUGGUGGGACUGAUUCCCUCAGGCCUCCAGCCUCCUGUUCUCCCAACUGCCUCUCUGUUUGGUCAGGUGAUCGGGGAUGCCUUCGCUCUGGCAGUGGUUGGCUACGGCAUUGCAAUCUCAUUGGGACGAAUCUUCGCACUAAAAUAUGGAUACAAUGUGGACAGCAACCAGGAACUACUCGCCCUGGGCCUGAGUAACUCCAUUGGAGCAGUUUUCCAGUGUUUUGCCGUCAGCUGCUCAAUGUCUCGAUCCAUGGUUCAGGAGAGCACAGGAGGCAAGACCCAGGUUGCCGGAGCUCUAUCGGCAAUAGUUAUCCUUUUCAUCACGCUCUGGAUCGGAACUCUCUUUGAAGAUUUGCCAAAGGCAGUGCUGGCAGCCAUCAUCUACGUCAACCUCCAUGGCAUGAUCAAGCAAUUCAUGGACAUCCGUGCACUGUGGAGGAGCAACAAAAUAGACAUGAUGAUUUGGGUGGCCACCUUCAUCCUCACCAUACUGCUCAACCCUGAUCUGGGACUUGCUGCGUCCAUCGGUUUCUCCUUGCUCACUGUCAUCUUCAGGACACAGCUACCUACAUACUCCUUAUUAGGGCAGGUCCCAGGCACUGAUGUUUACAGGCCACUGGAGGACUACAGUCAGGUGAAGCGUGUGCCAGGGAUUCUGAUCUUCCGUUCCUCUGCCACCCUCUACUUUGCCAACGCUGAGAUGUACCAAGAAGCUCUUGGAGAGAAGUCCGGCAUCGAUAUUACCAAGAUCCUGUCAGCAAAGAAGAAACUAGAGGCCAAAUUGAAGAGGCAUGAGAAGAAAAAUGCCAAGAAAGCUGCCAAGAAGAACGCUGUGGACACGAAGGGGGAGCCAGAGAAGGAGGAGCAGAAGGACAUUGCCAUCAUUGAGAUGGAGGUUCAGCUCGACCCCUCGCUCCCCCGAUCCAUUAUCCUCGACCUCAGCCCCGUCAACUUCCUGGACACUGUGGGAGUCAAGGCGAUACACAGUAUCCAUAGAGACUAUGGGGAGAUUGGUAUAGAAGUGUUUCUCGCUGGCUGCCAGACUGGUGUCGUGGACAACUUGCAGACUGGAGGUUUCUUUAACGACAAAGUGACAAAGUCCCGUCUCUUCUCCACUGUCCAUGACGCGGUUUUGCACUGUCAAUCUGCCAGAACAGAUAUCCAGGAUGAGGAGACAUACUGCUCUGAGAUCAGAGCGACACAUUUGUGAGUCCUGAGAGGAACGAUGGAGGAAAUUAAGAAGAAGCGCCAAACACUCUAUCUGUAGGAGGAUUUUAUCCAGUGAGCUUCAGAUUUUUGGGAUUUCCAUCAGUCAUAACAACCUGCAGACACACACACACACACACACACACACACACACACACAUUGAAACAAACAAAAUGAAGACUAAAACAACAGAAUGCAAUUAAAUGAGGAAAGAGUACACACUUAGAGUAAUAAUGUUGUGCUGAAGGAGCAUACAAAUCAAAGCAACAGCACAAGCAAAUACAACUGACCCUUCAGUAAGUCCCGCCUCUUAAACACAGACUGCCCAAUCAUAGUGUUGCGUUUGGCCAGCUCCAACCAGGGUCCGACAACUAGACUCUCAUGCAAUAGCUUCAGAUUUUCUUUAUUUUCAGGUUUAUUUUCAGAAAAAAAAAAAUUAAAAUAUAAAAAAUUAAUAUAUAACACUUUUUAAGAACUGAACAUUUUUUUUGCACCAAGGGUAAUACAUGGCAUAUUUUUUUUUAUAAACUCACACUUCUAAAAAAAAAAAAAAUAAUGCAUUAAAAUCAAACCCAAACAAACAAACAAACAAACAAACAAAAACAAAAACUAAAAAAAACUAAACAAAAACAAAAAAACUAAACAAAAAGCAACUAAUAAUAAAAUUCCAGUUUGCACUUAGUAUGUGGAAAAUAUUUCAUAUUUUGUGUUUUUAUCAUUUAAAACAUGUGGGUUAAUAUUCCUAUUGGCUAAAGGGUUCAAAUUAUUUAAGAUGUACAUUUUAUAGUUAUGAUCAGAACUGAAGUUGGUCAAAAGAUUUAAUGCAAUGAAAGUGAAAAAAAUAUUCAUAUAUAAUAUUUUUAUACCCUUCAGGGUUAAACAUGGGGCCUGGAGCACAUGUUAUUGUGAUGCUUGUUAGAGGUUGGAAGGAGAUAUACUAUAUUAACACAAAGCUAACAUUACUAGAGUACAGCAACUCAUUAACUCUUGCUACUAUCCUACAAUGGCAACUGAAGGUGUAUUCAAUAUAACGUAGAUAUGAUGCUUUUGCUUUUUAAUAAUUUUAACAGUGAACUAAGACCAUCAGAUUGCCCACCAGCAAAUGUCCUCUGAAUCUGAAAGUUUCAAAAGUUUCCCCUGAGGAGCAACAUUAUUGCUGUAAAGCAUAAUAUAUUCUGUGUUUAUCUUUUACACCUGUUUUUGGCUGAUGAGUUAGUUAACAACAAAGGGGCGGGGCUUAGUGAAGGGUCAAUCAUGCACAAACAAUACAUGUAGUUAAGAUUAUUAAUCCAGAUUUAAAUUCUUCUACUAUGUAUUUUCAGUCAACUUUUUAUGACAAAUCUUAUUUAAUUGGAAUGUCUUUAAUCAGUAACAAACAACAUAAAUACCUGCAUGGAUUAUUUAUUUAUGAAAAUCUAAAAAUCUGCCAGUGUCCAUGUGCUUGCGUGACAAAUAAAUAUUAUUUUACUAAGUCAAAGCUUCUCAUUCAUUUGGAAUGUUAAUUUCCUUUCCAGACAGUUUUCAUCUGAAUGUUCAUCGGAAGACAUUUUGGU